GAAAAAAAAAAAGAAAAAAGAAAAAAGAAAUAAGUAGCCAACGCCUAGAAAUCUAACCAUUGCUAUUGAAGAGGCCGUUGAUCCAACGGUUAGAAGAGUCAACGGCAUGUUAGCACUAACAGGGCACCGCUCUAUUUCUCUUCACGUCAUCAGUCAAAUAAUGCCCUGCAGUAAUCUGUGUCCGCAAAAGCUGAAAAGUUCAUUCAAUCAGAAGACCAUUGGAUGUAAAACAGCUCAUAAAGUGAAAGUUGAAGGACAACUUUAAGACUUUUUAAAUUCAGACGACAAAUGUGACCUCCUUUUGAAUCGGAGAUAAUUCCAACCAGUACUACCCUACCAUGCUAUCUUUAUUUUUUGAUAAAGACCUACCAUGCUAUCUCUUUUCAGACGACAAAUGUGACCUCCUUUUGAAUCACAAAUAAUUCCAACUAGUACUGUAGACCCCCAUGUGGCCAGUGGUGAUAAUGUUGUUCUUGAGCAUCACAUUUUACUUAAGUAAAGGUAUCUUUAGGGCCCUAAUAUCCUUCUGGCUCCGCCACUGUUCGCAGCUGAUUGUGGUUUCCAGGACUUUGACUCAAGAAGUAGAGUUUUGGAGGAGAUCAUGGACUCACUGAAACAACCAAGCAUCAAGAGGAUAGGACUGCACGGCAUGCCUGGUGUUGGAAAAACAACGCUGGCCAAAGAAGUUAAAAGAAGAUCCCAUAAAGAGAAGUUGUUUGAUGCUGUAGUUCUUGCUGCUGUGACAAAGACUCCAGACUUGAAAAGAAUUCAAGCUGAAAUUGCACGUGACUUGGAUCUAGUGCUUCCUAAUGGAAAUGAAGAGAGGGAACCUGAUGUUUCUAUAAAGAAAAUGCUGGAAGACAAGACGAAUGUUCUAGUCAUUCUGGAUGAUGUUUGGGCCAAGCUAGAUUUGAACGAGAUUGGGAUUCCAUUGGAACAUACAGGAUUAAAGAUUUUGCUAACAUCAAGGAAUCGAGAUGUCUUAUCUCGUGAACUGUGUUCUGAUAAAAAUAUUAAAGUUGGCCAAUUACAAGAUAAAGAAGCCUGGAAGCUGUUUGUGGACGUAGUUGGUGCCGAUGCUGAAAGAAAUGAUUUGAAGCAAAUAGCCAUCCAGAUAGUCCAGAAAUGUGGGGGUCUGCCCCUUGCAAUUGUAACUCUUGGGACAGCUUUAAGGGGUAGGGAAUCUGAUGAUUGGUGGCAUGAUGCAUUGGAACAACUAAAAAAUCCCGCUCCAGAAAGCUUCGAAGGAGUAUCUGGUGAAGUAUAUGCAGCUAUAGAGUUCAGUUACAACCAUUUAAGAGCAGAUGGACCCAAGAAAACUUUCUUGCUUUGCAGUUUCCUUUGUCAGUUGGAAGACAAUAUUGAGCUCUUGGUGAGAUAUGCCGUGGGCUUGGAUUUAUUUCCCAUUAUCAACACAAUAAAAGCAACACGAGAUAGAGUACUUACUUCUGUAAGUAUGCUCAAAGAUGCUGCUCUAUUGAUUGAUGUUAAUAGCAAUCGCAAGUUUGGUAUUCAUGAUGUGGUUCGUGAUGUUGCCAUGGCAAUUGCAGCUAGAGAUAAUUUUGGGUUACUCUUGGAAGAUGAAAAGCGGCUAGAUAUGGAUGCACUGACAAAAUUCAAUUGCAUUUUCUUAUCAAAGGAUGCUAACGUUAUUGGCGAUCUUCCUAAUGAUAUUGAAUUUCCGUUGCUUACUUUAUUUCAUCUGCAGCCUUAUGGUCGGCUGAGAAAUGAUCUAACAAGCUUUUUUAAGGGAAUGCAAAAACUAAAAGUCUUGAAUGUGUCAACCAGAAGGAUGCCUAACGCGUGUUUAUCACUUUCUUUCCUCACAAACCUCCGUUCAUUAACUAUUCAGGGAGUGGACGAUGUGACUGUACUCGGAGAGCUAAAGAAUUUAGAAGUCCUUUGCAUUCAUGGUGGUAUUAUAGAGCUGCCAAGCGAAGUAGGAAAGCUGACGCUACUAAAGGUGUUAGAUUUGCGUGGUUGUUAUAAUCUCAAAGUCAUUUCACAAAAUGGCAUUAGAAAUUUGUCCAGAUUAGAAGAAUUAUAUUUUCACCGAGAAUUAUAUGGUAGCCCGGGCAUUCAAUGGGAGCUUGCAGAGAAUGGAGAACAAAGAAAUGCUAGCCUCACUGAGUUGGCAUAUUUGCAUAGGCUGACAGUUUUACAUUUAAGUAUUCAGGAUGUCCGAAUUUUACCAACAAACGCUAUAGACUGGUUGUCAAGAUUGGAAAACUUUCAGAUGAGUAUAGGUCCAUGCUACCCAAGUAAUUUUUCUGUAGACUACUCGAGGACAUUGUGGCUGGAGAUGAAUAAGGGCAGUUGUCUUGAUCGUUCAAUUGGAAAGUUGUUGGAAAAGACAGAAGCACUACGUCUACGCACAAUGACGGGGCUCAAGAAUGUAGUUUAUGAGUUAGAUGUUGAAGGUUUUCAAGAACUGAAGAAGCUCCAGAUCGAAUCUGCUUUGGAAAUGCAAUACAUUGUCAAUUCAGUAGAUCGAGUUGAUAGUAAUGCAUUUCCCAUCUUGGAGACAUUAAUACUUCGCAGGUUGCAGAAUUUGGAGGGGAUAACUCAUGGUCGGGUCGGAGAAACUUCUUUUAGCAAAUUAAAAGAAGUUCGUCUUCAUGAUUGUCAUCAGAUCAAAAUUUUGUUCUCGCUCUCCAUGGUCAGACAGCUUCUUCAACUCCAAAAAAUUUCUGUAGAUAGUUGCGACAAGAUGGUAGGGAUUGUUGAUGAGGAGGGGCAAGGGGAGACUAGUAAUGAGAUUGUUGAAGCAACCCGUCAAAAGAUUGAGCUCAGCCAACUACGGUCCUUACAUUUAGAUAAUGUGCCGGAGUUCAUCAGCUUCUGCUAUGGAAAGAAGAGCUCCUUGAUAGAUGAGGACAAACAAAAUCAGUUAACAAAUUAUCCAAGCUCCAGGCCCAUCCCACUUUUCAACAACGAGGUUGUCAUUCCCAACCUUGAGGAGUUGGAACUAAGGUCAAUAGAAAUUAAAAUUAUAUGGCACAUCUCUGCAACGGCUUAUUGCAUUAUGAACCUUACUGAACUUACCAUUCAAGGCUGUGAUAACUUAGAGCUGUUAUUCUCGUCCUCUAUGGCUAGAGGCUUGAAGAAGCUUUGCCGCCUCAAAAUAAAGAACUGCAAGAAUAUAAGAGAGAUCAUUGCCACAGAGAAUGUAGAAGACAUGGAAAAUUCAAUUUCUUUUCCUGAGCUAACAUUCCUAGAGUUAAAAAAUCUUCAAAAUCUUGUCAAAUUCUACUCAGGAAAUUGUAUGAUUGAAUUCCCAUCCUUGAAGCAAUUGGCUAUAGGGAACUGCCGAAAAUUGAAGGGACCCACUGUUACAAGUACAAGCACGGAUGCCAUGGCCGAUGGAAGCACCCUCUUUAGUAAACAGGUGUGUUUUCUUUUUUUAACUUGUCUUUCUAAACUUUAGAACAAAUUAUCCUCACAUUUUUCGUCUCAAUGACAUGAUGAAGUAUGUAUAUUGCAAUUCCUAGCUUGGAAAUGAUAACCACCUCCAACGUGCUGACCAUGUUGCAAGACACCCUUAAAUCAUCUUGAUUCAACUUAAUAAAUUUUUUGUAGCUAGGUUUCCCUUUUCUAAGAGGAAAUUGUAUGAUUGAAUUCCCAUCCUUGAAGAAAUUGGUUAUAGAGAAUUGCCAAAAAUUGAAGGGACCCACUGUUACAAGUACAAGCAUGGAUGCAAUGGCUAACGGAAGCCAUCUCUUCAGUAAACAGGUGUGUUUUCUUUAUUCAACUUGCCUUUCUAAACUUUAGAACAAAUUAUCCUCACCCUUCUAGUCUCAAUGGUGUGAUGAUGUAUGUAUAUUGCAUUUCCUAGCUUGGAAAUGAUUACCACCUCCAACUUGCUGACCUUGUUGCAAGACUCCCUUAAAUCAUCUUGAUUCAACUUAAUAAAUUUUGUGUAGCUAGGUUUCACUUUUCUAAUAGGUUGUCUUUCCAAACCUUAAGGAGUUGAAACUAAGGUCAAUAGAAAUUAAAAUUGUAUGGCACAUCUCUGCAACGACUUACUGCAUUAUGAACCUUACUGAACUUACCAUUGAAGGCUGUGAUCACUUAGAGCUGUUAUUCUCGUCCUCUAUGGCUAGAGGCUUGAAGAAGCUUUGCCGCCUCAAAAUAAAGAACUGCAAGAAUAUAAGAGAGAUCCUUGCCAGAGAGAAUGUAGAAGACAUGGAGAAUUCAAUUUCUUUUCCUAAGCUAACAUUCCUAGAGUUAAAAGAUCUUCAAAAUCUUGUCAAAUUCUACUCAGGAAAUUGUAU